GGAUUCUUUGAUUAAAAAGUUUACGAAAACUGAACUUGCCCCAGUUAUGAAUGAUAAUAAAUAUCAUUCACUGGAAGAAAGUGAAAUGGAUCCAAAUCUUCCAGAAGGUAAAAGGAUAAUUGUCAUUAAAGGUCUUGGUUAG